GAAUUUUAUCUUUAUUUUAUCCAAAUUCCCAACUUUUUACCAUAAAGUCUGUGAGCUCCAGGCCUGGAGGAAGACAGCUUAACUAGCAGAUCUUUUCUGUGACUUUCAGACAUGGCACAAAGCAUGUUUUCACUGUGAGGUCUGCAAGAUGAUGCUUUCUGUUAAUAACUUCGUGAGUCACCAGAAAAAGCCGUACUGUCACGCCCACAACCCUAAGAACAACACAUUCACUAGUGUCUACCACACACCCUUAAACCUAACCCUGAAGAAGUCUGUGGCAGCCACGGGUCCGAUUGAUGGCAAAGAAGAUGGCGAGCAGUUUAAAUCCGUUCUCCAUUGGGACAUGAAGUCGAAGGCCGGAGCAGGGGCAGCUAGCCGGCUGAUGAACGAGAGAGACUACUGGCCAGGGUAUGGAGAAGGGAACACUUGGUGUCCAGGAGCUCUGCCAGACCCUGAGAUUGUAAGGAUGGUUGAGGCCCGACAGUCUCUUGGUGAGGGGUACACAGAAGACACUGAACAACAGCAAGGCAAAGGGAGCUUCCCUGCCAUGAUCACCCCUGCCUACCAACGUGCCAAGGUGGCCAACCAGCUGGCCAGCCAGGUGCAAUACAAGAGAGGCCAUGAUGAGCGAGUCUCCACGUUCACUCCGGUGGCAGACACUCCCGAGUUGCUAAGGGCCAAAGCUGGGGCACAGCUUCAAAAUGACGUGAGGUACAUGGAAGCCGGUGGGCAGCAGAGAGGGAAAGGCAGUUUUCCUGCUAUGAUCACACCAGCCUAUCAGAUAGCCAAAAGGGCCACUGAGCUGGCCAGUGAUGUGAGGUACCAUCAACAAUAUCAUAGAGAAAUGAAGGGAGUGGCCAGUCCUGUCGGAGCUGAAGGCAUGAUGACAAAGGACUCUGUAGACCGAUGUGGCCAGGUUUACUCAGAAGAGUGUGAUGAACCUAAGGGAAAGGGCAGCUUCCCGGCCAUGAUCACCCCAGCUUAUCAGAACGCCAAGAAGGCCAAUGAACUUGUUAGUGAUAUAAAAUACAGGCAGGACUUCCACAAGAUGAAAGGUGCGGCACACUUUCACUCCCUUUCGGCCCAGGACAACUUGGUUCUCAAGCGAGCUCAGAGUGUGAGCAAGCUUGUGAGUGAGAAUAAAUACAAAGAAAACUAUCAGACCCAGCUGAGAGGCCACUAUGACGGAGUCGGCAUGGACAGACGCAUGCUCCACGCUCUCAAAGUUGGCAGCCUGGCCAGCAAUGUUGCCUACAAGGCUGAUUAUAAACAUGACAUUGUGGAUUACAACUACCCGGCCACUGCCACGCCCUUCUACCAAACAGCGAUGAAACUGGUUCCCCUGAAGGAUGUCAACUACAGGCAGAACAUCGACAGAUUGAAGUUCAGCUCGGUGACAAACACACCACAGAUUGUUCAAGCUAAAAUCAACGCCCAGCAGCUGAGCCACGUGAAUUACAGAGCUGACUAUGAGAGAAAUAAGCUGAACUACACACUGCCCCAGGAUGCUCCUCAGCUGCUGAAGGCCAAGACCAACGCAGAACUGUUCAGUGAGGUGAAGUACAAAGAAGGCUGGCAAAAGACAAAGGGGAAAGGAUUCGAGAUGAAGCUAGACGCCAUGUCUCUGUUGGCCGCCAAAGCCUCGGGGGAACUUGCUAGCAGCAUUAAAUACAAAGAAGAAUAUGAAAAAACCAAGGGGAGAGCCUUGGGAACCCACGACUCCAAGCUUCUGCAUUCUCUGCAGGUGGCCAAGAUGAGCAGCGAGGUGGAAUAUAAGAAAGGGUUUGAGGAGAGUAAAACCCACUUCCACCUGCCCAUGGACAUGGUGAACCUCAGGCACGCGAAGAAGGCUCAAGCUCUUGCCAGUGACCUCGACUAUAGAAAGAAACUGCAUGACUACACGGUGCUGCCUGAAGACAUCAGAACUCAGUGGGCCAAGAAAGCCUAUGGGCUCCAGAGCGAGCUGAAGUACAAAGCUGACCUGGCGUGGAUGAGGGGAGUCGGGUGGUUGACGGAGGGGAGUCUCAACCUGGAACAAGCGAAGAAGGCUGGACAGCUCGCCAGCGAGAAAAACUACCGGCAGAGGGUGGAUGAGUUAAAGUUCACCAGUGUGGCUGACAGCUCCCAGAUGGAGCAAGCCAAGAAGAGCCAGGAGCUGCAGAAUGCGGUGGCCUACAAGGCAGGAAACGAGCAGACCGUCCAUCAGUACACCAUCAGCAAAGACGAGCCUGUCUUCCUACGAGCCCGGGCCAAUGCUGCUCAACUCAGCGAGACCCUGUACAAGAGCAGCUGGGAAAAGCAGAAGGCCAAAGGUUUUGAGCUGAGACUUGACUCCUUGACAUUCCUGACGGCCAAAGCCAAGAGAGACCUGGCUAGUGAGGUGAAGUACAAGGAGGACUAUGAAAGGUCUAGAGGGAAACACAUCGGGGCGAAGAGCGCCCAGGGGGAUGCACAGAUGAGCCACUCGCUGCAGAUGUCUAAGCUACAGAGUGAACUGGAGUACAAGAAGGGCUUGGAAGAUACCAGAGCUCAGUACCACGUCUCUCUUGACAUGAUCCACCUUGCCCAUGCUCGCCGGGCACAGCACCUAGCCACAGACAUAGGCUACAGGACGGCGUCUCACUGCUUCACAGCUCUACCCACAGACAUGAAGGUGGAGUGGGCCAAGAAGGCCUACGGCCUGCAGAGUGAUAACCAAUACAGGGCAGACAUGAAGUGGAUGAAAGGCACAGGCUGGGUGGCCACCGGGUCAUUAAAUGUGGAGCAGGCGAAGAAGGCAGGAGAGCUCAUUAGUGAGAAGAAGUACCGUCAGCAUCCAGAUGCUUUGAAGUUUACCAGUAUUAAAGACACUCCGGAGAUGGUCCAGGCCAGGAUUAGUUAUACCCAAGCAGUGGAUAGACUGUACAGGGAGCAAGGAGAGAACAUGAAGCACCAUUACACGCAGACUGCCGACUUGCCUGAAGUCCUGCUGGCCAAGCUGAAUGCCAUGAACAUCAGCGAGACCCGCUACAAGGAGUCUUGGAGCCGGCUUCGAGAUGGAGGUUACAAGCUACGGCUGGAUGCCCUUCCGUUCCAGGCAGCAAAGGCGUCCAGUGAGGUUAUAAGUGACUACAAAUACAAAGAAGCAUUUGAGAGAAUGAAAGGCCAGAUGCUCGGCUCCCGGAGCUUGGAAGAUGACCUCAGCCUUGCACAUUCAGUACAUGCGACCUCGCUGCAGAGUGAUGUGAAUUAUAAGAAAGGCUUUGAACACUCAAAGGCUCGCUUCCAUCUGCCGCUGGAUAUGGUAACCUUGGUGCACGCCAAGAAGGCUCAGACCCUGGCCAGCAACCAGGACUACAGACAUCCGCUCCCCCAACACACAUCCUUGGCAGAAGACCUGAGGCUGAGCUGUGCCAAGAAAGCUCACAAGUUACAGAGUGAGAAUCUGUACCGCUCGGACUUGAACUUCAUGCGUGGUAUUCCCUGUGUCAUUCCUGGAGCGCUGGAGAUUGAAGGAAGGAAGAAAGCCUCUGAGCUCAUCAGCGAGAGUAAAUACCGUCAGCAUCCUGGGUCGUUCAAGUACACGACUGUGACAGAUACUCCCAACCUUCUGCAUGCCAAGUUCAGCAACCAGAUCACCAAUGAGCGUCUCUAUAAAGCGGCUGGCGAGGAUGUGCGACACCAAUACACAGCAACCCUCGGUCUGCCUGAAUUCACCCGAGCCAAAACCAACGCAGCCAACCUGAGCGAGGCAAAAUACAAGGAGUCUUGGCAUAAUCUUCGUGCUCAAGGCUACAAGCUGACGAUAGACGCUCUCCCCUUCCAGGCUGCGAGGGCCUCCGGAGACAUAGCCAGUGACUUUCUCUAUAGGCACGAGUUUGUGAAGGAACGAGGACAGCUCAUUGGGGUUCAGAGUGUGAGUGACGACCCACGGCUACGGCACUGCCAGCGGAUGGGCCAGCUGCAGAGUGAGAAUCAGUACAGGAAGGAGGCGGCCAGCAGCCGAGCUCAGUACCGCCUGCCCAUGGAUAUGGUGCACCUGGUCCAUGCCAGGAAGGCCCAGGCCCUGGCCAGUGACCACGACUACCGGACACAGUGCCAUGAGUUCACCGCACUGCCCGAGGAUCUGAAGAUGGCCUGGGCCAAAAAAGCACAUGCCCUGCAGAGUGAGUUUCGCUACAGGGCAGACUUGACGGGUAUGAAGGGGACAGGAUGGCUGGCUCUGCGAUCUCCUCAGAUGGAGAGUGCAAAGAAGGCCGGAGAGCUCAUCAGUGAGACCAAGUACCGUAAAAAACCAGACAGCAUCAAGUUCACAACCGUGGUUGACUCUCCAGACCUCAUUCAUGCCAGGGAGAGCUAUGUGCACUGUAACGAGCGCCUGUACAGGUUGGGAGAUGCAGACUCCCUGCAUAGGUACACCCCAAUCCCAGACCACCCGGAUUUCACCCGAGCCCGCAUGAACGCAAUGCAUCUGAGUGACAAAGUCUACAGGAAUGCCUGGGAGCAGAACCGGGCUGGCGGCUAUGACUUCAGGCUGGAUGCUAUCCCGUUCCAGACUGCGAGGGCAUCCAGGGAUAUCGCCAGUGAUUUCCGGUACAAAGAGGCAUUUCUGAGGGACCGGGGCCUACAGAUUGGGUACCGCAGCAUCAAUGACGACCCAAGGAUGAGGCAUUUCCUCCAAGUCAGUAGGCUCCAGAGCGACAACGAGUACAGGAAGGACUUUGCCAAAGCUCGCUCCCAGUUCCACAGUCGCGCUGACCAACCUGGCUUUCUCCAGGCCAAGAGGAGCCAGCAACUGGCCAGCGAUGUGCUCUAUAGGCAGCCGCUGCCCCAGCACACCAGCGACCCAGAACAGUUGGGCCUGCAGCACGCCCGGAAAGCCCACCAGCUACAGAGUGAUGUCAAGUACAAAUCUGACUUAAACCUGACUCGAGGUGUUGGCUGGACCCCUCCUGGCUCCUACAAAGUGGAAAUGGCUCGACGGGCUGCAGAACUGGCCAACAGGAGGGGCCUGGGAAUCCAGGGGGCUUCUGUGGAACCAGAGGCAGCGGAGCUUGGAGAUCAUCAGAGCAGGGGAGUGAACCCGGAUGCCUUGGAGGUCCUGCAUAUCAACAGGAAGAAGACUCUGCUGAUGUGA